AUGCCGAACGCAGCGCCGUUCUGGCUUUGCCAUGAGUGUGGUGCUCAAAUGCGACCUGUCACAGUCAAUGGCGUAUCGCAUUGUGCAUCUUGCAACGGUGAAUUCAUAGAGAUUCUUGACCCAGAGGUCAAUCCCGAUCCAUUCCAUGAACUUCCUCCUGCUCCACCGACUCGUCCUGGCGCCGAACCAUCUUCGCCCUCUCGAUCGAAUCCUCCACCUCCACCAUUUCAGCAUAAUCCAGGACAAGGCGGACAGUCGUUCUUAUCCAGCUUAUUUGGCAAUAUAUUAGGUGCAGCAGCAGAUCAUCAACAUGGCGAAGGAUCACGUUCACCCUCAGGUGGGAGUGGGACUCAUGAUGGAUCGGGCAGUAGCGAGACAAGUCCCAGUAGGAGUACCGGAAAUACUGGAGGGUCAGGUGGCGGAGCAAGGACAUUCUCGUUCAACUUCCCAGGUGGUGGGAGAGGUCAAGUGGUUUUUGGCUUCGGUAGUGGUAGUGGCGGAGGUAUGGGAAUGGGUCCAUUUGGUCCCACAGGUCAAGGUGCAACUACUGGAGGAAUGGACUUCGAGAGCUUGUUCCCUCAAGGAUUUGGACCACCUCCCAGAGCAGGACCUGGUGGACCUCGCCCCUUAGGGCCAGGAGAUCCGAUGGAUGGAGCAGAGCUGUUGCGUGCCUUGAUGGCUGUGAUGGGAGAGGAAGGACAAGGGGGUCCAGGGAUGUUCUUCGGUCCAGCAGGGAGAGCGAAUCUUGGAGACUACGCAACUUCAGAGCAGGGAUUCAAUGAGAUCCUGGAAAGAUUGAUGCAAGCGGCUGGUCCUCAAGGGCCAUUACCUGCUUCUGACAUUGUCAUCGAAGGUCUACCGAGGUUCAAAUUCGACGAUGAGAAGAAGCUAGCCCAGAGCACAUAUAAGGAUUGCCCAGUAUGUAAAGACGAUUUUGUGGUGGGCGAUGAGGUCAUGAGAAUACCUUGCGCGCAUAUCUUCCAUCCGGACUGUCUAGUACCUUGGCUAAAGCAGAAUGGGUCGUGUCCUGUAUGUCGGUUUUCUUUGGUGCCAGAGGAAGAAGAUCGCACACGACGGUCUCAAGAACAAGGGCAAGGGCAAGGCUCUGGUACAGCACAAAACAAUCAAGAGGGUGGUCAAACAACGAUGACGAGUAUCCUCAAUCGACUAUUUGGCCAAGCGGGCGGGACUACAAGUAACCCAACAUCACCUACCGAUAAUGAGACAAAUCACUUCACCUUUGGAUCAGCCGGACAGGCUGCUCAGUCAUCGACUCCUGGAGCAACCACUUCAUCCAAUUCCGCUCCUGCAUCGAACUCAGUAACCGGUGCCGACCAGCCUCUAACUGCUGCUACCGGAAACAGCGCUCAGUCGCAAGACCCUCCGUCUCCGACUUUGCCUACUUCAGGUCAACCAGUUACGCAGGACUCUCAACAGACUUCAGAUCAAGAUCGUCCCUCGCUAUCUAGUGCUAUUCCCGAGGACUACAGAGCAAGGCAUAGGGAAAGGGAAAGACAGCGACAGCAUGAGGAAGACAAUCAAGGGUGA